CUUCUCUACUCAGUAAUCACAUUCAACAAAACCCCCUCCCUCAUUUUCACACACUCCUCGCAAAUUCCGGCUCCGAUCGUUUUCCCCCUUCUUCCUCCGUCGUCGCGCCGAUGACGUCGGGCACCAGGCUGCCGACAUGGAAGGAGCGGGAGAACAACAAGCGGAGGGAGCGCCGCCGCCGCGCGAUCGCCGCGAAGAACUUCUCCGGACUCAGGAUGUACGGUAACUACAAGCUCCCCAAGCACUGCGACAACAACGAGGUGCUCAAAGCUCUCUGCAAUGAAGCCGGAUGGGUCGUCGAAGAAGAUGGCACCACUUACAGACAGGGAUGCAAGCCUCUGGAACGAAUGGAUAUCAUGGGUUCAGUGGCAGUAAGUCCUUGCAUAUCAUAUCAACCUAGCCCAGGAACCUCUUUCAACCCAAGCCCUGCAUCAUCUUCUUUUGCUAGUCCUUCCCAUUAUGGUGCUAAUGCCAACAAUUCGGCCGAUCCCAACUCCCUUAUACCCUGGCUAAAGAACCUAUCGUCUGGCUCUUUGGCAGCUUCAAAGCUUCCCCAUAAUCUUUACAUCCCAGGAGGUUCUAUCAGUGCUCCAGUCACACCGCCUCUGAGCUCACCGACUGCAAGCACACCUAGAAUGGAUGGCAACUGGGAUGACCCGACAGCUGGCUCUGCGUGGUGUGGACAAAACUUCCCGUUCUUACCCUCUUCAACUCCUCAGAGUCCCGGUCUGCAAACUCCACCUGAUUCAGGAUGGCUCUCUGGGGUUCAGACUCCUCAAGAUGGGCCUUCUUCGCCGACAUUCAGCCUUGUGUCUGCAAAUCCAUUUGGUUUCAAGGAACCUUAUUCAAAUGUAGGCUCUCGAAUGUGGACCCCAGGGCAAAGUGGGACUUGCUCUCCAGCCAUUAGAGCCGGAGUCGACCAAACAGCUGAUAUUCCAAUGUCGGAUGCAAUUUCAGCCGAGUUUGCAUUUGGUAGUAAUCACAUGGGAUUAGUGAAACCGUGGGAAGGUGAGAGAAUACACGAUGAGUGUGUUCCCGAUGACCUUGAGCUUACUCUCGGGAAUUCUACCACCAGGUGAAGUGGUGGUGGUGUAUCUGCUGCUGCACAUUAUUGUACUUCUAACUAGAGCUGAUCUCUUGAACCAGGGAAACCGAAAAACACAGCAGAAUCGGAUUCUUUUUCUUUUGUUAUUUUUUUUACAGUUUUCUUCUUUCGUAUUUGAUUGGAUACACAAGGUUGGACUAUAAAAAGGUCUCAUGUAGUUGGCUCUGCAUUUUUUUGGCAGAUGUUUCUCAUCCUCACAACAUUAGACUGCAUAUUCUUUUGAUUCUUUUUCCCUCAAA